AUGUGCACACCCCCUGGUUCAGCACGCGCGUCGCGCGUCGAUCUGCUCCAGCGACCUUCGCUAGCGCAAUUGAAUGUAACCCAAGCCAAGAAUCUCGUCGCGUACGAAGGUGGUGCCACUGGUACUACUGUUACGUCUUCAGCCGUAGGCUUGCAAAUAUCUCAGAAAGUCGCAUUGAAGAUGGCUUCGACUGACCAUGACUACUCUGAGCCUACUCAAGGCCCAAGCCCCUUGAAGCGGUACAAGCACCCAUUCACCGAGGAUCCGGAGUGGGGAUACUACACCCUCGAGGAUGAUGACCCUACAGACAAGGAUACACCGCGUACGCUCGCCGAGCUGCGCAUGUGCGCUCUGAGCGCGGCCAUACGCGCGAAGCCAAAUUGGUGGAUGAAGUUCCGGGACGAGGAGAUUCGGGCCAAGUGGCGGGAGGAGAUCAAGGAGCAGGAGAGAGAGAUGCCUCGUAACUUGCAGCUUACAGACAAUAUGAUCAAUUAUACCAUGGGUGAGCUCGAGGCAUACGCUGCCCUUCGAGACCCAGAAGCUGGCAUUGAGUCUGGUCCAUACGAGCGGAUUUGGCAAUCCGACAAGCUCAUUCCUGCCUCCCUGAAGGCUGCUCUCGUUUCGGCAAUCGCACCGCUCGAGUCCAUGCCGGACUCCCAGAAGGAUUGGCACCCAGGGUCCGACAGCAAAGUCCUCGAUGUGGUUCAUCCUUCGCUGUACCCUGUCGUCUACGGGCGCACUGCCGCUCGCGACACUCAGAACUUCCUCCAGCCUCGCGCGUCUGACAUCGCUGCGAUGUUCAGAUCUGAGCGCUUCCAGUGGCUACCCUCGGACUUCCGCGUCGAGGCAGACGGGGCCGUUCGCUUGUUGUCGCCGUAUAUCAACAACAUACACCCGGAAGAUCAUAGGGCACUCACCGAUGUCGUCCCGAAAGUGCUAGAGAAGGCGGUGCCGAUGUUCGAAUGGGUGCUGUCUGACCUCGCGAGGGAGACGCAGCUGCCCACGUACUGCAACAGGGACGGGUCAGCUUCCAAGCGCCCUCGGCCGCCCCUCGGCGCGCCACCGCCGUUUCGAAUGGCUAUGGCCAACAACAUGGUGCGCUGA